UUUAUUCUCUCUCUACCCAUCUCUGAACUUUCUCUCUCUAUCCGCGCUGCUUUCUCUUUCUCUCUCUACACUUUUAUCCGCUGUCUGGCUAACUGCUCUCUGUUUCUCUCUCUACGAAUCCGACACUUUAUUGUCUCUCUAAUCUCUCUCUACUCGUAACUCUCUUCUCUCUCUAAACCGACAAUCUCUCUCUGAAACCCGACAAGAGAGUUGCAGAGAGCUUUAAUGGCGGAUGGGCCCCCCUCUGAGCUCAGAGUCAUUGACUGGCAACAAUAAACCCGGGUACACUCUCUCCAAUUUAUGCCUCCUAUCUUCGUCUUCCGUUUCCGUCUCUGUUUCCGAGACCUUACCUAACGCUCUGAAACCCUAGGUUCCUGCAACGUUUGUUUCAGAUUGGAUGUUUUGGUAUUGCCUGUGAAACCCUAGAGUCGGUGUCUGUAAGUUGUUGCUUGCUUGGUUUAUAAAGGUCCAAUUUUCUCUAAUAACGGACGCUAUAACCUGGUACAAUCGCUCCAUUUUAUGCAUCUAGUCUUCUUUUUCUCCCAUUCUGAAAUCGUAUCUCUUUGUUUCAGAUUCGACGUAUAGUUUAUUCUGAAACCCUAGGUUUGUAAUAUGAGCUCUCUCGUGCUGGUGCAUCUGUUUCUAAGACUGUAGUUUGCUUUCAGUAGAUCCUUUUGGUUUACUGAUCUGCUUUGGGAUCAACUUCGUGAACUCCAACUUCCAUUUUUUGACUAUAAAUUCGUAGUUUCUGCUUCCAAUUUGUGAUCUUUUUCAUUCAGGUUGUUCUUUUUUUUGUUUCAGUAGCUUUAUUACUGAAGCACUGGUUCACUUCAAUAAGUUUGAUUCAUCCUUUGAGAUUCAAAUUGAUGUGUCCUCCCUAUUUGCGUAAAUUUCUAUUAAUCCCUCUUUUUUAUUUAUUGGCUCUACUAUGAAAAGAAAUUGUCACUGUGCCUCUAAAAACUUGAUUUGUUCUCUUGAUUUUUAUUAUCUGUUUAUGUUCUGUAGCUAUGUCCUUUGUUAAGUUACAGAGAUCCUAGAGGUUAAUGACAUCGCGAUUCUGAACCUUAAUUCUCAUCAAAUAUAUUUUCAGCUCAGUUUGCUUAUAUGGAUGUUAUAUCACAGACCCUAGGUUUACUCAAUUCUCAUAUAUAGGAAAGUAUAUUUUUAUACCUACAUUACACUAAAGGCGGGUCCUUUUGGUCUGAACCUUCAUUUUAAGUGUUUACAGAAGUUCUAAGUAACAGGAUGAGUAACUUUUGGAGAACAUAGAUUGCCAAGAACCGUAGCUUGCAGUAAAGUGGAACAUGGCCAUUUGUCUUGAAACUACCAACCAUUCCCUGGUGAUCAUUUAGUCCAAUUCUUUUCCCUGAUUGUUUGAUCACCAAAUUAUAGAAACCCUAGAUCAGUUAAAAAACCCACAUUUGCAGGAACUACGGGUUGUUGAAACCGUAGGUUUCAGUAAUGGCUGAGGAGAAAGAUGAGAAGACAUGGGAAGGGUUCCUGAAAAAAAUGCUCCCCCAUGGUGCUUCAUUACCAGAUCAUGAACGGUUGGAUUACUCCAUAGCCAUGGAGUAUCAGGGUCCUCCUGUUCCCUAUGACCCCCCAAAGGUUGAACCAUUAGACAUGAGCUCUGCAACUAUUCCUCCUGCUUCAUUAGCCGAAUCCUCACCUGUGGCCAUUGUCGAACCGAUCUCUCUACCAGUGAGACCAUCCAUUUCAAAUUUAGCAGUUAAAUCUCACACUGACCAUGAAUCAGUUGAAGAAGAAUCGUUUAGCCCCAGCGUAUUAACCAGUCUUCCUUCCCCUUCUGCUUCUGGUUCUUCCCAUAGCUACCAUGAAAGCCCCUAUGAACCCCAAAUUGAAGCGAAGAGAACAGCAGUCGUGACCUUCAACACGUUAGAUGAAUCCGAAAAGUCCAGUAUCGGGUCUCCUUCAAUUGAAAGAGGGGUUGAUUAUAGCAAACAUUCAAGGAAAGACAGGAAGAGAGGGGUGUGUAGUCGAUGUGGAAAGAAAAACAGGUUCAAGGAGAGGGAAUCUUGUCUGGUAUGUGACUCAAAGUAUUGCAGUAACUGCGUGCUUAAAGCCAUGGGAUCGAUGCCUGAGGGGCGAAAGUGUGUGAGCUGCAUAGGGAAACCCAUUGAUGAAUCAAAGAGGUCAAAUCUUGGAAAGUGCUCGAGGAUGUUAGGUCACCUUUGCAGUCCAUUAGAGGUCAGGCAAAUGAUGAAGGCAGAGAAGGAGUGCUUGGCAAAUCAGCUCCGGCCUGAGCAGCUUUUUGUGAAUGGCAGGCCUCUUAGACAAGAGGAAUUAGCUGAAAUUCUUGGAUGUCCGAUGCCACCACCAAAGUUGAAGCCUGGGAGGUACUGGUAUGACAAGGACUCGGGACUCUGGGGAAAGGAAGGUGAGAAGCCUGAUUGGAUCAUAAGUUCUAAACUGAAUGUUGGGGGCAAGCUUCGUUCUGAUGCAAGCAAUGGAAACACUGAAGUAUACAUUAAUGGCCGGGAGAUCACGAAAGUAGAGCUCAGGGUCCUGAAGCUGGCCAAGGUGCAGUGCCCUAGGGAUACUCAUUUUUGGGUUUAUGAGGAUGGAUCAUAUGAGGAAGAAGGCCAGAAUAACAUAAAGGGGAACAUCUGGGGAAAGGCAUCAACCCGGCUCCUUUGUUCAUUAUUAUCAUUGCCUGUACCACAUGGAGUUUCUAAUGGGUCAAGAGAGGAAUCAACUAAUCAUUCUAGCAGGUCUGUCCCAGAGUAUUUGGAGCAGAGAAUUGUUCAGAAACUCCUGUUACUUGGACUUCAGGGUUCCGGAACUAGCACUAUAGUCAAGCAGGCAAAAUUUUUAUAUGGGUGCCGAUUCUUACAAGAAGAAGUGCAGAAUAUCAAGCUAAUGAUUCAAAGCAACCUGUAUAAAUAUCUUGGAAUCUUGCUUGAAGGGCGAGAGAGAUUUGAAGAAGAGGCAUUGAAUGAAACAAAUAUAUCUGGUUCACCUCAUCAAAUUCCCAGCACAGGGGGACAUGUGGUAAAUGAAAGUCAUCAGUGCAUCUAUUCCAUCAACCCAAGGUUGAAGCAUUUUUCUGAUUGGCUUCUCGACAUUAUGGCUAUGGGGGAUUUGGAUGCAUUCUUUCCUGCUGCAACUCGGGAGUAUGCCCCACUUGUUGAAGAAGUUUGGAGGGACCCUGCCAUCCAGGAGACAUACAAGCGAAGAGAUGAACUGCACUUUCUCCCUGAUGUGGCUCACUACUUCUUAGAGCGAGCUGUAGAGGUAUCAAGUAAUGAAUAUGAACCUUCAGAAAGAGACAUAUUAUAUGCUGAAGGAGUCAACCAGAGCAACGGGCUUGCCUUUGUUGAAUUCUCAUUGGAUGAUCGGAGUCCCAUGUCCGAGCCAUACAAUGAGAACUUUGAGGGUCCACCGCCCUUAUCCAGAUUCCAGAUAAUCAGAGUUAGUGCAAAAGGCCUGAAUGAGAGAUGUAAAUGGCUUGAGAUGUUCGAGGACAUCCGAGCCUUAGUUUUCUGUGUGGCCCUCAGCGAUUACGACCUCAUGUGGACUGAUGGCCCUGCCCCUCUUCGUAACAAGAUGAUGGUGAGCAAAGAGCUAUUUGAAAAUGUGGUAAGGCACCCAUCUUUUCGAGACACUCCCUUUGUUCUCAUCCUUAACAAAUAUGAUGCCUUUGAGGAGAAGAUCAAUAAGGUUCCCCUAACAGUUUGUGAAUGGUUCGAGGACUUCUCUCCGGUGAAGCCCCACAAUAGCAGCCAGUCUUUAGCCCACCAGGCCUACUACUAUGUGGCCAUGAAGUUCAAGGACUUAUACGCUUCUAUUAGUAACCGAAAGCUCUUUGUGUGGCAAGCGAAGGCCAGAGAGAGAAAAACAGUUGAUGAGGCAUUCAAAUACAUAAGGGAGGUUUUGAAAUGGGAUGAUGAGAAGGAUGUGAACUAUGGAGUUGGGGAUGAUUCAUUUUACAGUACGGAUGUGAGCUCCUCUCCUUAUGUGAGGCAAGAUUGAGGUGGAUGUUGAGAGAGAGAGUGAGAGAACCUUAAGGUUUGUACAGUAACGAGAGAGAUCGAAGGCUAGGACCCUCUGUGAGCAGUUUUCAUUUGUUAUUUGUUGAGAGAGAGGGGGCUUCGAGCAGUUGGAACCCCCAGUUUGGUGAAUAAUGGGUCCUAGAUUUUUGGGAGAUUGAAGUCUCCUAGGGAUUUGGAGGGCUUUUAAAAAAGCCAGAUAAGACUUUUAGGAACGAAGCCCUAACAGGGGUUCUGAAUGUGUGCUUAUGGGGGGCGACCUGGUGUUUUUGUACAUUGUGGGAUUACUUGUUUGGUUUUUUGUACUGGAAUGUUGUUUGACUGUCGAAAAUAAAUUAUUUUAUUUGUUUUUCCUU